AUGUCGCCUACUCGAGAGGUCCCGGGUUCGAAUCCCGGUGGGAGCAGGUGUUCGAGACAAGUAGACGACGACGCGGCGUAUUACAGAUGGAGAUAUUCUAAUAGCGGUGCUGGCACUAUAACGAUGGAGAGAUUACUGCUAGCGGUAUUGGCAGCACUAUGCAACGCGCGGCAGUUCUGCGAGAGGAGCAAGAUGCCGUUGGAGGUGGGAGAGUGGAGACACAACCUGCAACACUUGGACGCUGCCGCAGUGGAGAACGGGCCGGUGUCCAUCACCCAGGGACAGGUGUACGUGUACGAGAACUACUUCCCGGGGUACAUCCACGUGGAUAAUCUAGCGCGGCGCACGUGCGGCGCCAGUGCCACCCUCAAGAGUGGCGGCGUGGGAACCUCCUCGGUACUCGUGGUGCUGCAGGCGGAGGCCCAUGACGAAAUCAAGUCCGUCGUGGACGUGUGGGGCACUAGAACUGGGGCGCCGCAGCCCAAGCCGUCUCCGCCGCCGCCCGCUAACCUACGCUCGCUAUACCUAUUCAAGACCCUAAGAGCAACCCUGAGAGCCGACAACCACAACAAGAGUUGCGGCGUAGGCACAUCUUCGGUGCUCGUGGUGCUGCAGGCGGAACCUAAGACGAGAUCCAGUCCGUUGUCGACGUGUGGGGCACCAGAAACAGGGCACCGCAGCCCAAUAACCUACGCUCGCUGUACCUGUUCAAGACCCUGA